CGUUAACCCUCGAGGUCAAGAUGGCGUCGUCCAUUUUUGGCAGACGACAGAAUUGAUAAAAAAAAGAACUGCAUGUUCGCUGAGCUUUAACAGUUGCCACUACAUUGUAACAAUGAGUGGGAAUAUUUGGUGCACCAACUUAUUAUAGCCAACUGCUCUUUGAAUACCAUGGGGAACUACAAGUCACGCCCAACAUAUUCAUGCACAGAUGAAUUGAAAAAGAAGAUCAGUGAAAGUUAUGCUCUGUUUAGAUCUAAAGUGAUAGAAGAUCUCCGACCUAAGGACACAGACUGGACAGAGCUUCAACAGGCAUGCGGCUCUGGAGACUUAUCAGUUCUUCGCACCUUACUGAACGAUGAGAAUGUUUCUGAAACAACGGAUGCUGGACUCGGUCUUCUUCAUAUCAGCUGUGUGUCAGGAGCCAGCAGCAGCCAACUAAAAUUUCUUUUGCGGAAAGGAGUGAAGUGGUCUUCUCUCACCAAAAAUCAGUUUGCCCCUCUUCACCUUGCUGCAUACAGGGGAGAUGUGGAACAGGUGGAAGCCCUAGCUGAUGGAGGAGCAGAUGUCAAUCAGCCUGGUCAUAGUGAUGUCACAUCACUGCACAUUGCAGCUAUGUGUGGCCAUCUUGAGGUUGCCAGAGUGUUAGUCACGCACGGUGCACACAUUGAUGUUGCUGAUAUUGUCAAGUUUUCUCCUCUUCAUAUUGCCUGUUAUUUUGGUCAUGAGAAGGUGGUUGAGUUCCUCAUUCAAAGUGGUGCAGACAUCAAUGUCAAUGGCAGUGUUGGUGAUAGGCCACUUCAUCUUGCCUGUGCCAAGGGAAACCUAAAGAUUACACAACUUUUAGUGGAAGGCAGAGGGGAAGUUAAGGCAGAUGUGACAUUGUGUGAUGAUGAGGGGCACAACCCGCUCCACUUCUGUUGCAAAUCUGGGCAUCUGCUAGUCCUGCACUAUCUUCUUGACCAUGGUGCCCAGCCUCAUGCCACCAACAUUUAUGGGGACACUCCUCUCCACUUGGCUUGUUACAAUGGCAAAUUAGAGAUUGCGAAGCAGCUUGUGGCUCUGACAGGAUCAGACAGUCUCAACAAGGAAAAUGUUUUCAGUGAAACGCCACUUCAUAGCGCAGGUACAUAUGGCAAGAAUGUUGAGCUGGUCAAGUUUUUGCUAGACCAGGAUUGUGUUGACAUCAAUUGUCAAGGCAAAGAUGGCCACACAGCUCUGCACAGUGCCUGUUAUCAUGGCCACACUCGAGUAGUGCAGUUUCUGCUGGAAAAUGGUGCUGAUGUCAACAUGGUGGCCUGUGUCAGUGAGCAGAGUGGUGACAGUGAAAAGCGAGAAGAACAGACAGCUCUUAUGUGGGCCUAUGAACGAGGGCAUGACGCCAUUGUUGUGUUAAUGAAACAUCACAAGCGACCAUCUGAUGACUCAGCAUGCAAUGAUUAUUCUGGAAGUCUAGAUGGUUCUUAUGUCUCUGUGCCCUCACCAUUAGGAAAACUGCGAAGCAUGACCAAAGAAAAGAUUGAUGUACUACAGUUGCGUGCAAACCUGCCACACCAAUUUCAUCUGCAGAUCGUUGAUCUUGACUUCCAUGAAGUUAUUGGCUCUGGUUCUUUCGGCAAAGUCUACAAAGGCACAUGCAAGGGUCGCACCGUUGCCGUCAAGAGGUAUCGUGCCAGUUCAUUUGGAGCCAAAUCUGAUGUGGAUAUGUUUUGUCGUGAAGUAGCCAUCCUUGCCAAGCUGAACAGUCCAUACGUGAUCAACUUUGUUGGUGCUUGUUUAGAUGAUCCCAGUCAAUUUGCCAUUGUGACACAGUAUGUAGCCGGUGGCUCACUCUUCAGUCUCUUGCAUGAGCAAAAGCGGCUGAUUGACCUGCAGUCCAAGUUGACCAUUGCUUUGGAUGUGGCCAAGGGUAUGGACUAUCUCCACACUCUGACACAACCCAUCAUCCAUCGUGACCUCAACAGUCACAAUAUCUUGCUAGAUGAGCAUGGUCGUGCCGUUGUUGCUGAUUUUGGAGAGUCAAGGUUUCUUCGCUCCACUGAAGAGGACAACAUGACCAAGCAGCCAGGGAAUCUACGGUGGAUGGCACCAGAAAUCUUCACACAGUGCACAAAGUACAGCGUUAAGGCCGAUAUGUUCAGUUUCUCCCUGGUUCUUUGGGAGCUACUGGCAGGGGAACUUCCUUUCGCGCACCUUAAACCAGCGGCUGCCGCUGCAGAAACAGCUUACCACAAUUCUAGGCCACCCAUUGGUAUCACAUUUCCCAAGCCUAUUGUCACCUUGUUACAAAAUGGUUGGCAUGCAAAUCCAGAUGAACGUCCGGAGUUCCGCGAUAUCAUUCCCAUCCUGGAGGAGUGUCGUCAGUCUCAGGCUGUGGCCAUGUUGUCAAAUGUUGACGCUGCACCAAGCCUGUUUCCUACGGCGUUGCCAAUGGUUACAGAUCAAGUCGAUCCUGAGGGGCGAACAACACCUCCCCUAGUGGGCCAUGUGUCUGCCCUUCGUAAUCACUGGGAAAUGGAGGCUUCUCGCAACAGUGUUGGUUCAGCUGAAGAUGGUCGCAGAAGGAUGCCUUUUCCACAUCUUGACAAAAAUGGUUAUGUGUCUGAUCCUUUGAGUACCAUGCGGUUCCCACUAUCAGUUCGCGACUCUUCACCAAGAGAUGACCAAGCCAGAGAAUCUUCUCCCAAAAUAGAGACCUAGUACACUUUUGCUGAUGUCUUACUCAUGUGAUGCUGCAUCUCAAGGAUGUGGAAUUGGUGCUACUUUUAGUGGUGUGGUGCUGGUUUUCAUUAUAACAUACUGUGAUCGUGGUCCUUGGCACUCUAUGGACAGGUGCACAGUCAGGCUAGCUGUAUGCUGAAGCCUAUCAGCCAGGUUGAAUGCUAAUAAAAUACAGUCCCAUCGCAUUAUCUGUUCACUACAAAUGUGAGUUAAGAGGUCAGCUGACUGAGAUGUUAGGAUUCAGCAAUAAGCUUCACUGUACACUUGGCUACUAACUGUUAUUUGUGGUAGCCAGUUUCUAACACUUACAGGUUACUGUGGCUCAGGAUCCAUAGGCAUGUGACUUAAAGUGUUUGUGAUUUGUCGUUUUAUACAAAGAGAUCUGAACUUUGACUAUGCAAUACAAAUUGACAUGAAUACUGAACAAAUGAUGAACAUAUCUAUAUGUAUGCUUGUGCAUACAAGUAAGUGUGUGUGUGUGUGUUUUAGUUUCUACAUUUGUACAUGUAUAUGCCUAUUAUGUGCAUUGUAUUUGUUAAAUAGCUUUAACAUGAUCAAAAUUAUAGUUUAAAGGUAUCAAAGUCUCUUUUUUUUUCAUCCUCUCAAAGAAGCCCUAAUAAAAUUGCAGUGAGAGGGUGAAAAAGAAAUCCUUUGUGAAGACCAUCAACAUGAAAUUUGACCAUUUUUUUUUUUUACUUUUGUCUUUUUCGUUGAGUCUGCCGACCAGAUGAACGACAGACCAAACUUAAUUUUAUUUAUAAAGGCAUUGAGCAUUUUGUCUAAUGGA